AUGGACUCUACCUCUACCUCCACCGCCCAAUCCCCUGAUAGUUCUAUAGGUACUAAGCAUCCCAGCACCUCAGAAGUGGACCCUUCUACAGCAAGUCCAAGUCUGAGUCCAGGUCCAGUCCCAGACCCAAUCCCAGUCUCAGACUCUGAAAACCCAGUCUCCCAACGUCUUCCUCCGACUGCUCGACACGCUUCUCAUACGCUGUCCCCCGUUUCCAGCUUGAACCCGUUGUCCAGUCGCAAGGGCCGACACGCGGAGCCAGGAACAACAGAAACGCAUUCCGAUAUAGCCAGCAUCUCUAUGCCCCCUCGUCCACAAUCACGAACUUCGUCGACAUACAGCGCCAAGUCGAGCGAUAAAGCACGACCAGGACUGGGAGGAGGCGACGGCAACAGCAGGAGGUCCAGCAAGGAAGAUUGUGCUGUAGACUUUGAUACACCCAAGCUUUCUCCUGGAAAUAUGGCAGACGAGACAAAGAAUCCCCAGUUGGCCGAAGCGGCACUACGAUCGCGGCCGUCCAUGUCAUCAGACAUGGAGCCCUCGAAACGCAUGUCGGUAUCGUCCAUGUACUCAUUGAGUUCUGCACGGGCAGGAGGGGCGCCGAGCACGAGCUCGGCUGCGUCCGUCAAUGGUUCAGAAGCAGGGGCAAAUCCGAGGAGUCCUGCGCUGUCAACGCAGAAGAAUUUAGGUAUCUCUCACGCAGAGACCUCAACAUCUGCCGUAUCCAUCACAACAUCUUCAUCGAAUCAGUUCAGUAACCACAGCUCAGCGAAUGGUCACUCCCUUACAGCUCGAGAGACUCCCGCCCACGCUACGGAUAUCGCCAAACGAAAUGCUGCGCAGCGAGGAGAGCCAACAGCACGAUCACAGCCUCCUACGAGAUCUCGAAGUCGUGCGAAGAGACGUUUCAGCGGAAGUACUGGAGCUAGCAGCCACAGUCCGAGCAGUGAGAGAGCAGUAUUAUCGAAAGACGAGGAGAAGAAUAAGCCUCCACAAUGGGGAACAAUUGGAGUCUGCGCUCUAGAUGCAAAAGCUCGGAGUAAACCCAGUCGGAAUAUUCUCAACCGCCUUAUCGCGAACAAAGAAUUUGACGUGGUUGUAUUUGGGGACAAAGUCAUUCUCGAUGAAGACAUUGAGAAUUGGCCCAUGUGUGACUUCUUGAUAUCGUUUUACUCUGAUGGCUUUCCUUUGGACAAGGCAAUUGCAUACGUGAAGGCUCGGAAACCGUUCUGCGUCAACGAUGUCCCAAUGCAGAAAAUUUUAUGGGACAGAAGAAUAUGUUUAAUGAUUCUUGAUAAAAUUAACGUCCCGACGCCUAAGAGGCUGGAGGUCAAUCGUGACGGCGGACCAAGUUUGAUUACAGCGGACCUUGCAAAGCAUCUGAAAAACACAACUGGUAUAGUUCUAGAAGGUCCCGAGGAUGGAACUGGAGGCCAAUCGAUUGCACCUCGAAAGGUUGAACUCCUGGAUGAUGGCGAUACACUAAGUGUUGAUGGCACACUCUUGGCUAAACCAUUUGUGGAAAAGCCAAUCAGCGGGGAGGAUCACAAUAUUUGCAUCUACUAUCCCAAAAGUCAAGGUGGAGGAGCUCGAAAACUGUUCCGCAAGAUUGGCAACAAAAGUUCCGAGAUGGUCGAUGGCAUGGUUGUGCCUCGAGCAAUCCUAGAACCAGGAAGCAGCUACAUAUACGAGAAGUUCAUGGCCGUCGACCAUGCAGAGGAUGUCAAGGCUUACACGGUUGGGCCAAAUUACUGUCACGCCGAGACUCGCAAGUCACCUGUUGUGGACGGUCUGGUUCGCCGCAACACGCAUGGAAAGGAGAUCCGGUAUAUUACCAGCCUCUCCAAAGAUGAAACAGCGAUGGCAAGUCGAAUCGCUACAUCAUUUGGGCAACGGGUCUGCGGUUUUGAUCUGUUGCGGGCAGGGGGUAAGAGUUAUGUUAUUGACGUUAAUGGAUGGAGCUUUGUCAAGGACAAUGAUGAAUACUAUAUCCAAUGCUCUCGCAUUUUAAGGGAAAUGUUCAUUCGAGAGAAGCAGAAACAGCUCGGCAUCACUGAAAAUGGUGCCCCAUCGUCAACCCCUCCAUCAAAUGGUACCAGCCCUCAGGUUGCCAGAAAAGAUACGGUUAAAGAGAAUCAUAGAACUGCAUUGCAGCACCUUCUUUCAAAAUCUCCCAGUAUAUCCAAGAUGCAAGGCCACCGAAGAGCUCCUGGAACAGGUUCACCGGAUGGCUCUAGCGCCCCAACCCCGAGAACAUCACCUCCAGCUGGACCUGAAAGCGGAAUGUCCCUUCCAGCCAUACCCCCCACGCCUCUCUUACCUCCACCUGCAGUCUCACUACCCACGAGUACCAAAACAACACCAUCGACGGUGCCUAUCACGCCAGCUCCGGAUUCCUCACUAGGAGGAGAGAUGCUUCCACCGCCCGCGCCGAAACAUACAUGGAAGCUGAAGGGUAUGGUCUCAGUGAUCCGUCACGCAGACCGAACGCCAAAGCAGAAGUACAAGUUCACCUUUCAUACGAAGCCUUUUAUUGAAUUACUCAAGGGUCACCAAGAAGAAGUUCUAUUGACUGGGGAAGCUGCGCUGGACAGUGUUAUUGAUGCUGUUGAUGUCGCAAUACAACAAGGCAUUGAAGACCUCGAGAAGCUAAGAACAUUGAAGAAUGUGUUGGUGAAGAAAGGCGGAUGGGCUGGAACGAAGGUCCAAAUCAAGCCUAUGUUUAGGAAAAGAAAGCCGGAGGAAAUUGUGGCCUCUUCGGUUGCAGAGUCCAAAGUUCAGUCUGCGGAAGAUUCUCCGAAGGAGACCCUGAAGAAAGCUAUGAUUGCUACGGAAGAAUCCACCAAAACUCUCAGUCCUAAUAGCGAAAAGGACGACCCAAGUCUCGUAAGAUCACCGACACGUAGUGACUCCAUGUCCGGUACUACAUUAUCUCGAAUCACAGCUGCGGAAAACAGUCUCGUCCUGGACAAAUUGCAACUUAUCAUCAAGUGGGGUGGGGAGCCAACCCACUCAGCCAGAUAUCAAUCUCAAGAGCUGGGAGACAAUAUGCGAAAUGAUCUCCUCUUGAUGAAUCGAGAUAUUCUGGAUGAAGUACACGUCUUCAGUAGUUCUGAGAGGAGAGUGACAACUAGUGCACAGAUUUGGGCAUCCGCGUUCACAGGCCAGAAAGAUUUGCCAUCGGAUUUCAUAACGAUCAGAAAGGAUCUGCUAGAUGAUUCGAAUGCCGCCAAAGAUGAGAUGGAUAAGGUCAAGAAGAAGCUCAAGACUCUACUUCGUCAAGGUACAGAAGCACCACCUCAAUUUGCCUGGCCCGCCAACAUGCCGGAGCCGUCAAUUGUCCAAGCGUACGUCGUUCAGUUGAUGAAGUUUCAUCGAAGAGUUAUGCGUCACAACUACAGCAAGCUCUACGGGGGAGCAACAACAUCGCUCCAUGCAAUUGCCAACCCAGGCGAUAAGGAAACCGGUAGUGUUUCCUCUUCUGCUGGUUCCUCUAUAUCACAAGCGACUGCCACGAGUAAUGUGCAAGCUCGUUGGUGCUGCGGUGAAGACGCCGAGCUGUUUAAAGAGAGAUGGGAGAAGCUGUUUGCGGAGUUUUGUGACGGAGAUAAGGUGGACCCGAGCAAGAUAUCUGAAUUAUAUGAUACUAUGAAGUUCGACGCCUUGCACAAUCGCCAGUUCCUGGAAUGGGUCUUCACGCCAAGUUCAGGUAUAUUAGCUGAGGAAGAAGACGCUCUUAUGACGGAAUCCAGGGGCAUGGAGAAGCCACCACCACACAGGGAGACCGCAAUUGAAGAUACUCAGGUCGAUACAAGUCAGACUGUACCUAUUGAGAAAGUGGACACGAAUAAGAGCAUCCAUAGGCGGAUGUUCAGGCGACGUUCGAUAAUGGCUGCGGCUGGCGGAAGCAAAUCUUUAGAAGAGAAGCCAGAACAGUACUUCAACCUCUUCACUGGAAGCAGCCAGACUAGAAUCAAGACGGAUGUCAGGCUUGAAAAGUUGAGGGAGUUAUAUAAACUGGCCAAGAUUCUCUUCGAUUUCAUCUGCCCGCAAGAGUAUGGUAUUACGGAUAGUGAAAAGCUCGAGAUUGGACUACUGACAUCGCUUCCUUUGCUCAAGGAAAUCGUCCAAGACCUUGAAGAAAUGCAAGCCUCGGAUGAUGCCAAAUCCUUCAUCUACUUCACCAAAGAAUCGCACAUCUACACUCUCCUAAAUUGCAUUCUCGAAGGCGGCAUCUCCUCGAAGAUAAAACGCAGCGCUAUUCCCGAGCUCGACUACCUAUCGCAAAUCUGUUUCGAGCUCUACGAAUCCGAGAACAAGACCCCGCCCAACGCUCCACCAGGUGAUGUAGCUAAAUAUGCUUAUUCUAUUCGCAUUACGAUUAGUCCUGGCGCGCAUACUUUUGAUCCACUGGAUGUCCAGCUGGACAGUAAACAUUGUAUCAGUUGCGCGAUGCGGAGGAGCUUAACGGCGCAUGCAGAUUGGAAAGAGGUUAUUGAGACGUUGAGGGCAAAGUUUCAUACCGUCAAGCUCCCCAAGAGUUUCCUAGCGGUGAACCUGAGCGAGUCGCAUACCUUCCACAAAAAAGAAGAGCUGGAAGAGGGCGGUGAGAGUGUGACGAAAGUAGACGCAAAUGAUGCAUCAUCUACAUGA